GGUCCUGAAAUACAACGAAAACGGAUGUCUGCGGACUACGAUUAAAAACGAUUUUUCAAAAAAAAAAAGUGUUUUUUGGAAUAAAAUUUAAUUAAUAAUACAUAUAAACCUAUAAAAAGUUUAAAAAUAAUUUUGUAAUUAAAAACAAGUGAAAAAUUAAAAAAACUCUUAGCCUACAUUAAUACACAUAAAUAAAGAAAAACGGAUAUUGGUGGUUUAAUAACCAAAAGAUAAAUUUAAAUUUUUUUCACUCUAUUCUGCAUCAAGUGUGCUAAUAACUUGUUUAACUUAAAAUUAAAACUGAAAAUAUUUAAAUAUUUUGUCAUAAUAUUACAUAAUUUGUGUUUGUUGAUGUUGUUGUUGGUGCUUCUAACAAACCCCAACCAAAAUAAACAGCAACUUUAUAAGUUUAUUUAGUUUGUUGGUGUUUUUUUUUUUAUACAAAAAAUAUCUUAAAUUCCAAACCAAACUACCAACAACCACUACCAUUUGUGACAACAUACAGAGGCCAUAACUUAACAACAAAAUAAAAAAUAUAACAACAACAACAAUUACUUAAAAAAACCACAACUACGUCUAUGAAUUGAUAAAUAUAUGUUAAACCUCUCUUAACUUGUUAACUGCAUGUUAAUUUAGCCAAAAAAUAAAAAACAAAUAAUUUUUCAACUAAAGCAAAAGUUCUUUAAAAUCUAUAUUACUUAACUAAAAUUUAUAAUUAAAAACAAAUACAAAUAUAAAAACAAAUACAAAAACAAAUUGUGAUUACAACAUGCCUGCCAAAAAUCAAAAACUCACCAAUUACAGCAGCACAUUUGUGUUGUUUAUUGUGUGUCUCAGCUGUUUCUAUCAAAAUGCCGAAGCUCAAGCGAAAAACGAAACACAAGUUUAUGUCACCGACUCCUGUUUGGAGAAACCAUUUCGAUGUCCCCAUCCUAAAAUACAAUUUUUCCUAUACACACGACGUACUCAGGAUAAUCCCGAAUUUAUAGAUGUUCUUAAUGAUAAUGCCCUGUACUAUACGCAUUUUAAUCCUCGACAUCCUACCAAAAUUAUAAUACAUGGUUUUGGAGGUGGUCGUAAUUUGAGUCCAAGUCCGGAUAUACGGCAAGCUUACUUUAGUAUAGGGGAAUAUAAUAUUAUUAUAGUGGAUUAUGGUUCGGCGGUAAAAGAACCCUGUCUCAGUCAAAUGGAUUGGGCACCACGUUUUGGUGGUCUUUGUAUAUCACAGCUGGUGAAAUAUUUAGCCAGACAUCCGAGAGGGGUACAACCGGAUGAUUUACAUUUUAUUGGUUAUAGUGUGGGUGCACAUAUAGCGGGUCUGGUGGCUAACUAUCUGAAACCAGGAGAGGGUAAAAUGGGUAGAAUUACCGCUCUAGAUCCUACAAUAUUCUUUUAUGCGGGCGCCAAUAACUCAAGGGACUUGGACUCAUCAGAUGCUCAUUUUGUGGAUGUAUUACAUACCGGUGCCGGUAUUUUGGGUCAAUGGCAUUCUAGUGGUCAUGCAGAUUUCUAUGUUAAUGGUGGUACCCGCCAACCCGCCUGUGUUGGUUCAGCUACUCUAUUUCAAACUUUGGCCUGUGAUCAUACGAAAGUUACACCCUACUUUAUUGAAUCGAUUACAACGAAAAAAGGUUUUUAUGCUGGUCCUUGUCCAAACCUAUUUACCUAUCUGAUAGGUUGGUGUGAACCCAAGGACUCGGAAUAUGUGUUAAUGGGUGAACAUGUAUCGCAUAAAGCUCGUGGCACUUAUUACGUCACCACCAAUGCCAAACCACCAUUUGCUCGCGGUUUCCCCGGCAAAGGAAGAUCAGCUACCACAGGAGAAUAUCAGGGUGUACGAAGAAGACGUCAUCUGCCGGCAUUUUAGGGAAAAUGAUGAAAAGUUUUUGUUAAAUUUCUAAAAUUUAAUUAAUUUUAGUUGUUCUAAUGUGAUUUAUUAUUUAGUUGAUUUAUUUUAGUAGGUGUGUACCUUUUAUUUGCAUUAAGCCAAUUUUGCAUAUUUAUUGUUACAAAAAAAUAUAUAUAUACUUUUAAACAAAGAAAAAAAUGGAACAUAAAAAUGUUUUAUUUUAUUAAUAAUUAGCUUUUUAUAUAAGUAUUUGGUCAAAGUUUUUUUUAAGACAAGAUAGUGAUGAUAAUAGAGGGAAAUGUAUUAAAAUUAUCUGUUAUACCUUGUUUCUUUAAAUCAUAAACUUUACAAACUUUUUUCUUUUGGUUUAAUUGUUUUCAUAUAUUUCUAAAUUCUAAUAUUUAUUAUUUUAUUUAUAUAAUUAUCAUCAUUAUCAUUUAAGAAAAACUAGGUAACAGUUAACGGUUACGGUAAUGUUUAUUAAGCAGCCCUCUAGCCAUUAAAGUUCUUUGCAUUAAUUAAAAAAAAAAUGAAAUAAAACUUUAUCUAAUCAUUAGUUAAUAUAGUUAUUAAAUAAUUAUAUAAUUUAGCUUUAAAAAUUAAAUAAAAAUUUAAUUGUUAACUGUAUAAAAAACU